AUGGAUCUCCUCGACGAGCUCGAAUCCAUGGCACGGUUCGCCGCCACACAGCCAGAGGACACCGAGCCGAACUCUGACGACGUCAAGAGGUGGCAGUCUCUCUUGGGCUACACCUACUUCGAAGCCGCGCAGAAGAUAAAGGAGCACCGGUCCAACUUUGCGCGCAGGCAGGUGUCCGAACAUCACUGGGAGAUGGUCCGCGCAGACAAGGAGGCCCAAGGGCACGACAAGGAGUCGUAUGCAUAUUCUUGCACCCUCUCCCCGAUCAAGUCACCAGUGGCUGCCGCCUUGCAGACCAAAAAUAAGGCCAGGCCCGCGACCUACCUCCUCAAGCUAGAAGGCCCCUUCUCCGACCCCGAGAUUGUGAAGCGGGCCGGAGGCGCCUUCGCCUUACCCCCCUCCCGGCUCAUCGGCAUUGACGACACCGGCGCCGCGGUCUCCUUCUGCAAGGUUGACGAGGCGACCAAGAAGUCUCUCCUCGCCCAACUCUCCCGGAUCGGGUCAGUUUUCCAGCCCACCUUCGUCCGCUACUCCCAAGCCGACAAGGACCUCUCCGCCGCCUCUGUCCACCCCACUCUCGGAUCCGGCGCGACCCUGCCCCACAACCGGCUGAGCUCCGAGUCCGAUCAACGACUGCUUCCGGCUCAGGACCACUACCCCGUCUGCUGUCUCGGUGUCGAGCCGGUCUACCGACCCACCAAGACUCGAGGCGGCGUCUUGGCCACCUGGGGCGGGAAGUACAGGGCCUUGGUUGACGCGCCGGCCUCCGGGACGGCCUCCGGGACGGCCUCCGUGGAGGGCCAUGCCUUUCUUGUCGCCGACAAGGACCAGGAGGAUGCGCUCCGGUACUACGAGACAGACAACUACGAAGUCGUCCGGUGCGUGAUCGAUAUGGGCGAGGGCGAGGAGGUCAGGGGGCUCACGUUCCGGUUCAUCGGGGAGGCGGAUGCCUGA